AUGAUAUUAUUUAAAAAUGGAGACAAGUUUGAAGGUAUUAGAGAUCAAAAUAGUACCAAGUUGAAUGGAAGUGGAACUUUAAAGUUUAAUGAGGAUAAUUCAUUUUUCAAAGGGAAAUUCUUUAAUGGAAAAUUUCAUGGUGAAGGCCAAUUAAGUAUAAAUAAACUCUCUUUGACUGGUAAUUGGAUAAAUGGCUAGCCUGAUUUAAAAAGUGAGUGGUAAAUAGAUGGGCCAAAUUAUAAAUACAAGGGAUCUAUUAAUGAAGAGUUCAAAAAAGAUGGAUUUGGAACAUUAAUAUUUGAUGGUAAUUGUUUUUUUAAAGGGGAUUUUGUUAAUGAUAAAUAUUAAGGAUAAGGACAUUUUAAAACCAAUGAACUAGAAUAUAAAGGUGGCUUUUAUAAUAAUAAGUUUCAUGGGAAGGGAUUGCUUCUUUGGCAAAAUUCAAAAUACGAAGGGAAUUUUGAAAUGGGAUAGUUCAAUGGCAAAGGAAAGCUAGAAAAUAUUGAAGGAACAUAUGUGGGAGAUUUUUAAAAUAAUUUAAAACAUGGAGAAGGAAUACUUUAAUACAAAAAUGGCGAUUAGUAUGAAGGUUAAUGGUUAGAAGAUGAACCCGAAGGAAAAGGGAAACUAACAUAAUGGAAUAAGAAAUUUGGAUGCUAAUUGAUAUAUAGUGGCUUUUUUGAGAAGGGAUGUCCAGAAGGGAAAGGAGAGUUAUAAAUAAUUACAGAAGGUUAGGAUGCUAAAAAGUACAUAGGUGGGUUUAACGAGGGUCUCUUCAAUGGUGAAGGAAUUAUCUUGUUAGAUUCUAAUGUGAAAGCAGAGGGAUAAUUUUUUGAUAAUCAUAUUAGUGGGGAAUGCAACAUAUACUUUUUAAAAGAGAGUUAGAAACUUGAAUGUUAGAUGAAGAGAAAUCAAAAAGAUGGUCAUUGUUCAAUGAAAAUAAAAGAUUUAUGUUAUUAAGGUAGUUUCAGAAGUAACAUUGAAAAAGUAGAUAGCAUAAGGUUUUAUAGUAACUACUGA